GCGUAAUCGAGUGUAGCUAGCUGUGUGCCUCCGAGGCUAAACGGCCGUGCUAGCAACACAGAGGAUGGUUCCCAGUUUGUUGUGUUAAAAAAUAGAACGUGAAAUAAACAGAUUUUAUGUAUCAACGAAAGUCAAACUGCACGUGAGUGGACACGAGAAGCGAGUGUAUCAAUCUGUUGGAAAACCAUUUCAUAAUUGCCAAUGCAUCCGAGCCAUAAGGAUACAGUCGUCUUGCUAAGCUAAAACCAAAUAGCCUGUGUUGUGGAUGGAUUGACUCCUGUAGCUGGAGAUACUCCUGGAAGAAACUGUCAUCGGGGUUAAGCUGCCAUCAUGGACACUGCCGAAGAAGCGGAUAUUUGCCGUGUGUGCCGCUCCGAGGGGACCCCAGACAAACCCCUGUACCACCCGUGUGUCUGCACCGGCAGCAUCAAGUUUAUCCACCAGGAAUGUUUGGUCCAGUGGCUGAAGCACAGCAGGAAGGAGUACUGUGAAUUAUGCAAGCACAGAUUUGCUUUCACACCAAUUUACUCCCCAGAUAUGCCCUCACGCUUGCCCAUCCAGGACAUAUGCGCCGGCCUGCUGACAAGUGUGGGCACCGCCAUCCGUUACUGGUUCCAUUACACACUGGUGGCUUUUGCGUGGCUCGGGGUGGUUCCUCUUACUGCAUGUCGCAUCUACAAGUGUCUUUUUACCGGCUCUGUGAGCUCUCUUUUGACACUGCCACUGGACAUGCUCUCUACAGAGAACCUGCUUGCAGAUUGCUUACAGGGAUGCUUCGUGGUUACGUGCACCCUGUGCGCAUUCAUCAGUCUGGUCUGGCUAAGAGAGCAGAUAGUCCAUGGUGGCGCCCCCCAGUGGUUGGAGCAACAUCAGCCACCGCCACCGAAUGCGGCUGCACAAGCCAACGAGGCACAAGCUGCAGGCCAAGGAGCAGCUGAUGAGCCUCCCGCAGCCCAGCCGGCCCCUGUCGAUCCUCCGGCUCAGAACGAGGCAGAGCCCGAGCCCCCUGACGCCCCCCCGGACCAGGGUGAUGAGCCGGAGCUGGAGGAGGAGGAGGGCGCUGCUGCUGAGGAUGCAGACCCCAACAACGGAGCGCAAGAUGAUAUGAACUGGAACGCUUUAGAGUGGGACAGGGCAGCAGAGGAGCUCACAUGGGAAAGGAUGCUCGGCCUGGAUGGUUCACUGGUGUUUUUGGAGCAUGUGUUUUGGGUAGUGUCUCUCAACACACUCUUCAUCCUGGUCUUCGCAUUUUGUCCCUAUCACAUCGGCCACUUCUCUGUGGUCGGCCUCGGCUUUGAAGAAUACGUCCAGGCUUCCCACUUCGAGGGCCUGAUCACAACAAUCGUGGGCUACAUACUUCUGGCCAUGACGCUCAUCCUGUGUCAUGGACUGGCUGCUCUGGUCAGGUUCCAGCGCUCCAGGCGUCUCCUGGGAGUCUGCUACAUCGUUGUCAAGGUCUCUCUGCUGGUUGUUGUGGAAAUCGGUGUUUUUCCACUCAUCUGUGGCUGGUGGCUUGACAUCUGCUCUUUGGAGAUGUUCGAUGCUUCACUGAAAGACCGAGAGCUCAGCUUCAAGUCGGCGCCUGGUACGACCAUGUUCCUGCACUGGCUUGUGGGAAUGGUUUAUGUCUUCUACUUUGCUUCUUUCAUCCUCCUGCUGAGAGAGGUGCUGAGACCCGGGGUGCUGUGGUUUCUGAGAAACCUCAACGACCCGGACUUCAACCCGGUGCAGGAGAUGAUUCACUUGCCCAUCUACAGACACCUGCGGCGGUUCAUCCUGUCUGUCGUCGUGUUCGGCUCGAUUGUGUUGCUCAUGCUGUGGCUGCCUAUCAGGCUGAUAAAAUUACUGCUGCCCACCUUCCUCCCGUACAACGUCAUGCUCUACAGUGACGCCCCCGUCAGUGAGCUGUCGUUGGAGCUGUUGUUACUACAGGUCGUUCUUCCCGCCCUCCUGGAGCAGGGACACACUCGUCAGUGGCUGAAAGGCCUGGUCAGAGCCUGGACAGUCAGCGCUGGAUAUUUACUAGACCUCCACUCGUACCUCCUCGGUGAGCAGGAGGACAAUGACGCCAACCAGCCCGUCAACAACAACAACAACAACAACCCUCCCCACGGUCACCAUAACAACAACAACAACCCCGCCCCGGCCGUCGGCGAGGGGCUGCAUGCAGCUCAUCAAGCCAUCCUGCAGCAAGGGGGCCCAGUGGGUUUCCAGCCCUACCACCGACCCCUGCGCUUCCCGUUUAGGAUUGUGUUGCUGAUUGCAUUCAUGUGCAUCACUCUGCUCGUCGCCAGUCUGGUGUGCUUAACCCUACCAGUAUUUACCGGCCGCUGGCUCAUGUCUUUCUGGACGGGAAAUUCCAAAAUCCAUGAGCUGUACACGGCGGCGUGCGGCCUGUACGUCUGCUGGCUGUCCAUCCGCGGAGUCACCGUCCUGUUGGCCUGGAUGCCGCAGGGACGCACCGUCAUUAUGCGCAAAGUCCAGGAGUGGACUCUCAUGAUCCUGAAGACUCUCGUUGUGGCUCUGCUGGUUGCUGGCGUCAUCCCGCUGCUGCUGGGUCUGCUGUUUGAGCUGGUCAUCGUGGCCCCUCUAAGGGUGCCCCUGGACCAGACUCCCCUCUUUUAUCCCUGGCAGGACUGGGCUCUCGGUGUGCUUCAUGCCAAAAUUAUCGCUGCCAUCACUCUCAUGGGGCCUCAGUGGUGGCUGAAGACUGUUAUUGAGCAGGUUUAUGCAAAUGGGAUUCGCAACAUUGACCUCCAGUUCAUCAUCCGUAAACUGGCAGCGCCUGUCAUCUCGGUUCUGCUGCUGUCGCUGUGUGUCCCCUAUGUGAUCGCUGCUGGGGUGGUGCCGGCUGUAGGAGUUACACCCGAGAUGGAGAUUCUGAUGCAGAGGAGGAUCUACCCGUUCCUCCUGAUGGUGGUGUCACUCGUCGGCAUCCUGUCCUUCCAGAUCCGACAGUUCAAACGUCUUUAUGAACACAUCAAGAACGACAAGUACCUGGUCGGCCAGAGGCUCGUCAACUACGAACGUAAAGCCGGCAGAGCGAGCUCAGUCCCGCCCCCCAACCCCGUCGCAGAGUGAAGUUUUGUGUGUCACGUUGCCACUUUUUUUUUUUUUUUCUCUUUUUGUGCACCUGUUACCCUUCGCCACCUCAUCCCACCCAAUCCCACCCAGUCCCAUUUGAUUUUCAAACCCAGUCCCGAGUCCUUAAUCUUUUUUGAAUCUCCCGUGGAUCCCGGUGGAAUCGGUGGAUGUCGUUCAAUUUCUUUUUCACGCCCGUCGAAGAAGGGACGGGGGAAAAUGUAUUAUAAUCACUGGACAGCUGAGUAACCCACCCACCCACCCUCACCCCUGACUCAGAGGAAACGGAGCAGGCGAGGGGAGGAAGAGGAGGAAGAGGUGUGGGCAGGGAGGGGGGGGGCAAAGGUUUGAUUUGAAGCUUAACAUCUGUAUUGUCAUUCAUGCCUUGCUUUGUAAAGUGCUGCCUGAUAAUUGUACAUGUGUAAAUACUUUGAACGCAGACUUUGUCUUAAAAAAAAAAGAAAAGAAAAAAGGAAAAAUGUGGUUUAAUGCAAUGACCAUUGUACAUCUUAAAAGUGUAUGUAUAAUUUAUUAAAUCAAAAUGACAAUUUA